AUGCAGCACUUUGCAGUCCUUCCUAGCUUAGCGGUCCUGCUGGCCUCGACUCUUGUUGCCGCAACCCACGUGUCCUUCGUCGACUCAGAAUACCCAACUCCAAACCUGGUAGCCGGUACCUGGUCCCUCGCCACCGCAAACAUAACUCAAAACGGCACAACAGCCCCAGCCUUCGGCGACCACCCCGUUGGAAUCCUCAUCUUCGCCCCAACGCUCUACUUCAGCGAACUCAUCACCGUCGACCCCUCCACCCUCCCCGUCUUCACCUCAAAUUCAAAGACGAACGGCACAGCAGCAGAAAACGCCGCCGUCGUAGCAGGAACCCUGGGCCAAAUCGGCAACUACACAGUAGCCUCGGACGGGACUUUCAAGAGCGAGGUGAUCAUCGCGAGCACGUUUCCGAAUUGGAUCGGGCUGUACCGGAAUACGACCGCUCUCAAUGAGACGGUGGAUGGGACGGGAAGGCUCAUGCAUGAGAUGUUGCAUGAUCCAGGGACGUCGACGAGGGUGGAGAUUUUGUGGGAGAGGGUGGGCGGGCACGGGGGGAGGAACGAAUGGCGGUGA